AUGGAAGACAAGCAACAAAACCCUCCUCCGAUUCAUCCAGUCAUCACCAUCUUCACAAAUUUAUUCAGUCUUCAGACCGGACGGCAGCCAGGACUGCAACCCAGCGUUACUGCUGUUCUCGCAGAUGACCAUCUUUCUUCCUCCUCCCCGCCACCCAAUACAGCUACGCCAGGGGAAGGGGGUGAGGAUGCUUUUGCUUCAAGCCUAGGACGGCGGCAGGACGUGGGAAGCCUCAGCCCCCGCGCUCACCGCGGGAUUCCGCCACCGCCCCCCCCGGCCGCGCGGCAGGCCGAGAGCGAUGACAAGGCUGAUAGCUCAAAUGAUGCUGGAGAAGCUAGUAAACCUGCAGAGAUGCCUACGCAGAGAAGAAAACGGAUCUCCACCAUGCCCAAUCUUGUCAAACCCAGAGCUGGACCUUCAUCUGCUCAGCGUUCAUCAAAACCGCAGAGGCGAGCAUCACAGGCUCCUGAUGGCACUGCUUCAUUUCAGAAGGAUUCCUCUCCAUCAGAGAAGAGUAAUGUUGAAAGCUCCUUAAAGUCUCCUAUGCUGCCCGAAAAGAAAACACCUGUGCCACAAGUGCCACAGUUUUCCCCACUAAAAAAAUCAGUGAACAAAGAGCAAACUGUAGGUGUAGCUGCUCAAAAAAAUGAUGAUACCUUGCAAAAGAAUGUACCCUCCCCACUCAAGGAGAGGCCAACACAGGAAAGAUCAGGAGCACAAGAGGAAAAGCUACCUACGAAACCUGUUCCCAUAAAAGAGAAACGGAUGUGUUCUGACCGUGAAAGGAUCCUCAAAGCUCGGAAGUUAAGAGAAAUGCUUAAAGAAGAGCUGAAGAAAGAGCGGAUGUUGAAACACAGGCCUCCAAUAAUUGAAGGACGUUCUCCACCAGAUCGUUCUAAAAUGACCAUGAGAGACUUGAUAUACUAUCUGCCAGAAAACAAUCCUAUGAAGUCUUCACUGGCAGAAGAAAAGAGAACAGAAAAAAAUUCUGCGCUGGGUCAAAUGAAAGAACAGGAAGAGAAAAGUUCCCCUGACCAUGAAGAGGAAGAUGAGGAGGAAGAAGCAGAGAAUGGGGAGGAGAGUCAGGACGGUCCACUUCUAGUUCCUCGUGUGAAAGUAGCAGAAUUCGAUGUCAGCCCUUAUUUAUAA